CGGGAGGCGGGGCCGCUCGCGGCUUGUCUGAGGUGGGGAGUUAAGAAGAAAAAGGAGGAGGAGGAGAAGGCGACCGGGUCGUCCGCGGUGGCUUCGGCGGCGGUGGAGGCUGCCGGUCGACUACGCCUCCCGCUUCGGCCAUGAGCGUCGCCGCGCUGGUUUCUCCCGCGCUCCCGCCGGGGCCUCCGGCUUCUGCCGCUGCCGUGCUGCCCGCCGGGACGGGCCCCGCCGCUGCCGCGGCCAUCGCCGCCGCUGCAGCCACUGCCGCCGCCGAGAGCUUCGAGGAUGAGGAGCUGGACAGCCCCGCCGACGAGGAGGACGGGGAACGCAGCGGCCGCGCGCGGGACUCGGACGAGGAUACCGAAGAUGCAAGUGAAACUGAUCUGGCCAAGCAUGAGGAGGAGGAUUAUGUAGAAAUGAAGGAGCAGAUGUAUCAGGAUAAAUUGGCAUCUCUUAAGAGGCAGCUGCAGCAACUGCAAGAAGGUACUUUGCAAGAAUAUCAGAAAAGGAUGAAAAAGCUGGAUCAGCAAUACAAGGAAAGGAUACGCAAUGCGGAGCUUUUUCUCCAGCUGGAAACAGAGCAGGUGGAACGGAAUUACAUUAAGGAGAAGAAAGCGGCCGUGAAGGAAUUUGAAGAUAAAAAAAUCGAGCUCAAGGAAAACUUGAUUGCCGAGUUGGAAGAGAAGAAGAAAAUGAUAGAGAGCGAGAAGCUAACUAUGGAGCUAACAGGAGACUCCAUGGAAGUGAAGCCCAUCAUGACAAGAAAAUUGCGGAGGCGGCCAAACGACCCCGUUCCCAUCCCUGACAAAAGGCGGAAGCCGGCCCCUGCUCAGCUAAAUUACCUGCUAACAGACGAACAGAUAAUGGAGGAUCUGAGGAUUCUCAAUAAGCUUAAAUCACCUAAACGGCCAGCGUCUCCUUCGUCACCAGAACACCUGCCGGCCACGCCUGCCGAAUCCCCAGCACAGCGGUUUGAGGCAAGAAUAGAAGAUGGCAAACUGUACUACGAUAAGAGAUGGUAUCACAAAAGCCAGGCUAUUUAUCUGGAGUCGAAAGAGAACACCAAAAUUAGCUGUGUGAUCAGUUCCGUGGGAGCCAAUGAGAUCUGGGUGAGGAAAACCAGCGACAGCACAAAAAUGCGGAUCUACCUUGGACAGCUCCAGCGCGGAGCCUUCGUCAUCCGGCGGCGGUCGGCUGCGUGACUCUGGCCCUGCGCUGUGUUAAAGACAAUCAGCUCUUGCAAGAGACUUGUGGUUGCUCUUCCUGGGUCUGAACCGGCAGAAGGUCCACCUCCCUCCUUGAUCCUUUGGAUGCUGCCCGUUUUGCUGCCCAUGUUGCUCCUGCUGCCCUCAAGCCUCUCUCUCUCUCUCUCGUGAGCCCGCCCACGGCGUUAGUUUAGCUUUCUCAUUUCCAAAGACUACUUAAAAGAAGAAUGUAUGCCUGUGGUCUCAAGUCCAUUCCAUUCUUGUAUAUCCUGCAGAAGAGCACACACGAUGUAUCUUUUUAAAAAUUAUAUAUAUAUAUAUUGCAUUGAGUGGCACAAGCAGGGUAGCCUCGGGGAGACGCAGCGGCUGCCUGCACAUCUGAGAGGUGCUGAAUGGAGGACAGAUCCGACCGCAGUGCCUCUAAAACAGCCGACCCCGUGAACGAAGCUGAUCGCAGUUAGGCAUGCAGGGAAAUAGGAGUUUUCUGAGGUCCUUGGGUGUCCUGAACUUCCAGUUGCUUUUAUUGAAAGUGUGGUUAAGGGGAAUCGCACUCGAUUGCUCCAAAGCUUGAUGGGAGGCGGGGGGGGGGGGGCGGUAGCCAUUUGUAUAUCCCAGCAAUGAACAAACCCAAUGUUUUCUUUAUGUUUCCUGUGGAGGGUGAAUCAAAGGAACAAUUGGACUCUGGGAGGGAGGGAGGAUCUGUGAGCAGCGCUGUGGAAAUUGCUGGUGGCUGUCCUACAAGCUGCUUUCUUUGCUGUCGCAGCUGCGAUGAUUCUUGCGUGGCGGCUGAUGGAGAUGGCAUGAGCCCUGUAUGGACACGUGUGUGUGUGUGUGUGUGUGAGAGAGAGAGAGAGAGAGAGAGAACACGCAUCAGCAAGCCCCCCGAUGUAAUCUCAAGGGAUAGUAAUUCUUGGAACCAGAUGGAAUGUGCAGUGCCAAUCUUUAGAGAGUGCUGUACUGUUUUUAUGACCUGAUGGUGGUGGUGAAGUUGCUUGCAAAACACUUUUUAUCUCAA